AUGAGCAGAAUCCCAGCAGUUUUCUUUUGAGAGAUGACGGCUCUAAAUAAGAUCUGUAGACAGUGUGCCCGCUUUGAAGUAAAUCAGGGUGUUUGCAUAUGCGUGUAGCCUAUAGGUGAAGCUUCUGGUUAAGCUAUUUUAGAACAUGUCAUUUCAAGUCUUGCUCUGCAGGGUUUCAGCCUCUUAAUGACAUGGUUCAAGACUGUGUGAGCCACAUGAGCAUGACUGAGAAGUAGAAGUAGAAGAAGAAGAAGAGAGAGAAAAAAACUGUCCAACCCCUCUGAAGAUUUCCUGUUUCAUGAAAGUGCACAUACUGUGUGAGUCAUAUAGGGCAAGUCCUGCCUGGUGUGUUUACUCUGCUGCUUCUACCCGGAGCCGUGGAGGCGUUUUUUUUAAUUUUUUUGGAGUGGGUGAAGCAACAGGCGGACCGAAGAGAGUCCGCGAACUCUGGAUAUUAACCCGGUGUCAAAGGCUUCGGUUAAUUCAUGAGAAGGAGGGGAGUGUACAGUCUGUCUCUCAAUGGAGCUACUAAGGUUUUCCGCUUUUUGGUGUGGAGCGAUACUCUUCGGUAGUAUUCAGCUCGAGGAGGCGGAAGCCAAUAUAAUGAGGUCACGAAGGCUGUGUAAGUUCUGUGAUGAGCAGCUCACCAGCUGCACAGGUAAAGGGAGCUGCAAGGCGGACUGUGACAUCACGUCCAUCUGCCCCAGAGACGAAGAUGUGUGUGUCACUGUCUGGAGAAGGAAAGAUGAUGACAAUGUCACCGUUGAUACAGUCUGCCACAGCCGAUCUCAGAAGCUGUAUGGCCUGGUCCUGGAGGAUUACAACAACAGCAAGUGUGAGAUGAAAGAACGAAAGGGCAUGGGCUCACAGUUCUUCAUCUGCUCCUGCUCUGAGGAUGAGUGCAACGAGCACAUCUUCUUCAACUCCUACAUGGAUUCCCAGGUGGUGGCGGUCAUCUUGGUGAGCCUGGUGCCUCUGCUGGUUAUGGCCGUCAUCGUCGUCUCUUCCUUCUACUGCUAUCGGGUCUACCGCCAGCGGCAAGCCAGCUCCAAGCGCAAGAGGGGUCGCCGGGACUUCAGCGAUGGUCACGCCAUCAUGAUUGACGACGAGGGCUCGGACAGCAGCUCCACGCACGCCAACAACCUCAACCACAACACGGAGCUGCUGCCCAUCGAGCUGGACGUCCAGGUCGGAAAAGGCCGCUUCGCAGAAGUUUACAAAGCCAAGCUGAAGCAGGGCUCCUCGGUCAGCGAGGAGCAGGGCUUCGAGACGGUGGCCGUGAAGAUCUUCCAGUACGAGGAGUACGCCUCCUGGAAGAACGAGAAGGACAUUUUCUCGGACGCGGACCUGAGACACGACAACGUGCUUCACUUCCUGACAGCGGAGGACAGAAAGGCGCAGAGGCAGUGCUGGCUGAUCACGGCCUACCAGCCGCGAGGGAACCUCCAAGAGUUCUUGAUUCACCACAUCGUCAGCUGGCACGACCUGUGGCUGCUGGGGGGUUCGCUGGCGCGCGGGGUGGCGCACCUUCACAGUGACCACACCAUCUGCGGUCGCUAUAAGGUGCCUAUCACGCACAGGGACAUUAAGAGCUCCAACAUACUGGUGAAAAGCGACCUGACCUGCUGCCUGUGUGACUUCGGCCUCGCCCUCCGCCUGGACAACGCUCUGUCUGUGGACGAGCUGGCCAACAGUGGGCAGGUGGGCACAGCCAGGUACAUGGCCCCAGAGGUCUUGGAGUCCAGAAUCAACCUGGAAAACAUUGAGUCUUUCAAACAGGCCGAUGUUUACUCCAUGGCUCUUGUACUGUGGGAGAUCAUCUCCAGGUGCGACGCAAUUGGAGAGGUGAAAGAGUACCAGCCACCCUUUGGGAACCUGAGGGAACACCCGUGUGUAGAGAGCAUGAAAGACAGCGUCCUCCGAGACCGAGGAAGACCUGAGAUCCCCGACAGCUGGAUCAACCACACAGGCAUCCAGAUGGUGUGCGAAUCCAUAGACGAGUGCUGGGACCACGAUCCGGAGGCCCGCCUGACAGCCCAGUGUGUCGCCGAGCGCUUCAGCGACAUGGAGUACCUGGACAAGCUGUCGGAACGCUCCGACUCGGAGGAGAAGAUCCCCGAGGAAAUCUUAAUGGUGGAUGAGAAGUAGAGCUCUGCAGAAACGCUGCCCCCACCGGGGCGUCAGAGGAAUUACAGCCGAGCAGCUGGGAGAGAGAGAGGGAGAGAGAGAGGGAGGGAGAGAGAGGGAGAGAGAGGGAGAGAGAGAGAGAGAGAGAGAGAGAGAGAGAUUCCAGUGGAUGCAGUGUUUGCCAUGGGUUGGUCAGAAAUGGGUGACUGAGGAGCAAACUGGAAAAUCACAUGAAACAGAACUGAUACCAGAGAUGGACUUCUAUUUACAGAUCAGAACCAGCAUGACUAUAAACCAGCGACUGGUUGAUUUGUUUUCUUCUCCAUGCUUCAAAGACUGGAUCAAGUUAUACACCAACAAGCUUUUUUUAACC